GCCUAAGAAUGAUGGAUUAAUAUGAAUAGGCAAUUAUAUAAUACGAGAAAGCAUUGAGUAUCAAUUAAUAACAUGUAGAUUCUUUAUUUGGAAAAGGUAAAUUAAAUUUAAUUAAUUAAAGGUGAUUGCCUAAGAAUGAUGGAAUAAUAUGAAUAGGCAAUUAUAUAAUACGAGAAAGCAUUGAGUAUCAAUUAAUAACAUGUAGAUUCUUUAUUUGGAAAAGGUAAACUAAAUUUAAUUAAUUAUAGGUGAUUGCCUAAAAAUGAUGGGUCAAUAUGAAUAAGCAAUUAUAUAAUACGAGAAAGUAUUGAAUAUCAAUUAAUAACAUGUAGAUUCUUUAUUUGGAAAAGGUAAAUUAAAGUUAAUUAAUUAUAGGUGAAUGUCUAAAAAUGAUGGGUCAAUAUGAAUAAGCAAUUAUAUAAUACGAGAAAGUAUUGAAUAUCAAUUAAUAACAUGUAUAUUCUUUAUUUGGAAAAGGUAAAUUAAAUUUAAUAAAUUAUAGGUGAAUGCCUAAAAAUGAUGGGUCAAUAUGAAUAGGCUAUUAUAUAAUACGAGAAAGCAUUCAGUAUCAAUUAAUAAGAUUUAUAUUCUUUAUAGGGAAAAGGUAUAAUUUUAUUAUUAUUUUAGCUUAUUGCUUAUUUUAAUGUUGUUAAUAUUAAAUAGCCUAUUCUAUGUUAUAAAAUGCUAAUAAGAUGAUGCCAAAUAAUAAAAUAAUAGAAUAAUUGUUAGGUACUUUAAUCAAUUAAAGUAGAAUAAUGUUCCAAUUACCUAAAAAAAUGA